UUGUGCAUUUUAAUGUUUUUUCCUACAGGGACUAGGCGAAAAACCUGUAUAAAACCCCCAUAAUAUCUAACAUAAAACUAGCGACAUUCAAAGGGUUGCAGUUUUGUAAAGACAUUGCAUGCAAGCAAUGGAUAUUUCUCCGAUACAAGCCAUUGAACCAUUGCCUAUGGCCCUUCUUUUCGUUAUCCCUUUCCUAAUCCUUGUAGGCCGCCUCAUCUCUCGGCUUGGAAGAAAACCAUUUCCUCCUGGGCCCAAAGGGUUGCCAAUAAUCGGAAACAUGAUGAUGAUGGACCAGUUAACUCACCGUGGACUUGCCAAGCUUGCUCACAAAUACGGCGGCAUAUUUCACCUCAAGAUGGGGUUUUUGCAUAUGGUUGCUAUUUCUAGUCCUGAAACGGCUCGCCAGGUGCUUCAGGUUCAGGAUAACAUUUUCUCCAACAGACCAGCCACCAUCGCCAUCAGAUAUCUGACAUACGACAGGGCUGAUAUGGCUUUUGCUCAUUACGGACCUUUCUGGAGACAGAUGAGAAAGCUGUGUGUAAUGAAGCUUUUCAGCAGGAAAAGAGCUGAGUCGUGGGAUUCGGUAAGAGAUGAAGUGGAGUCUCUUGUUAAAGCUGUUUCAGCCAAUACUGGGAAGACAGUGAAUGUGGGUGAGUUGAUCUUUAACCUUACCAAGAACAUCAUUUAUAGGGCAGCUUUUGGUUCUAUUUCUCAAGAAGGUCAAGACGAGUUUAUAAAGAUCUUGCAAGAGUUCUCCAAGCUUUUUGGUGCUUUCAAUAUUGCGGAUUUCAUUCCUUGGCUCGGCUGGGUUGAUCCUCAAGGACUCAACACCAGGCUCGAGAACGCUCGAUAUGCAUUAGACAAGUUCAUUGACACCAUCAUCGACGACCACAUCCAGAAGAGGAAGAAAAACAACUGCGGCUCUGACGAAGGAGACACCGACAUGGUUGAUGAUUUACUUGCUUUUUACAGUGAAGAAACGAAAGUAAAUGAAUCAGACGAUCUACAAAAUUCAAUCAAACUUACCAGAGACAACAUUAAAGCCAUUAUUAUGGAUGUGAUGUUCGGUGGCACAGAGACGGUGGCAUCAGCGAUUGAGUGGGCCUUGACAGAACUAAUGAGAAACCCGGAGGAUUUGAAGAGAGUCCAACAGGAGCUGGCUGAGGUGGUGGGCCUCGACCGCUGUGUGGAAGAAUCCGAUUUCGAUAAACUACCCUUCCUAAAGUGCACCCUCAAAGAAACCCUGAGGCUGCACCCGCCAAUUCCACUCUUGCUCCACGAAACUGCGGAGGACGCUGUGGUGGCUGGCUAUCAAAUUCCCGCCAAGUCACGCGUGGUGAUCAACGCCUGGGCCAUUUGCAGAGAUAAGAAUUCAUGGGAAGAUCCUGACAGUUUCAAGCCAUCUAGAUUCUUGAAAGAAGGUGUCCCGGACUUCAAAGGAAGCAACUUCGAGUUCAUCCCAUUCGGGUCGGGUCGGAGAUCGUGUCCGGGUAUGCAACUCGGGUUAUAUGCACUUGAUUUGGCUGUGGCCCAUUUGCUUCACUGUUUUACAUGGGAGUUGCCUGAUGGGAUGAAGCCAAGCGAGCUUGACAUGAGUGACGUGUUUGGACUCACCGCACCUCGGGCAAGUCGACUCUAUGCCGUCCCAAAGCAACGGCUGGUUUGCCCAGUCCUUUAAAGGAAACGAAACGAAACAAAAAAAAAAAACCCUGUUUGAGCACAGCUUAUACCAAUGAGAAAACAGGUGACCAUUGAAGAAGAAGGUGACAAAGCUGACUCUACAAGUGGGAUUUUUUUUUUUCAUACUUGGGGAAAGAGAUUAAAAAAUAUAUAUUUUAUA